CCAAUGCCCAAGGCCUCUUCCCCCCCCCCGGAGUCUUAAGUCUCACAGUGAGUGUCUCUGUGUGAUCUCUCUCGUCGACGUGAGCAAAAGAGAGAAAAUGGAUGAGAAUUCAGAAAUUAUAGAAGCAAUUCUUAGAGGAGACGACCACGCGACCAAUCUCAAUGACCACCAAAGCCAAGACUCCGGCUGGAAAACCGUCUCCUAUUCCAAGCGUAGGAAGAACCCUCCUCAGAAUUCCCUCCAACCCUCCCUCACCCCCUUCCACAAUUCCGACGUCUUCCGCUCCGUCGACCAACACUCCGAGGAUCGCCUCCGGCGCGCCCAGGAGGCGGCGGCUACUGCUGCUGCUGCCGCAGCCGCCCUCCAAUCCGCUGUCAGAUCCAAGCAGCAUUCAGAUGACGACGACAGCGAUGCCGAAAUUCCCGCCGGCGCAGUCGACAAUGGGGGUGCGGAGGUGAAGAAAGUGAAGCCCAAGAAGCCCAAGAAGCCCAAGGUUUCUGUUGGUGAUGCGGCGUCGAAGAUGGACGCUGAUGAUCUCUCUGCUUUCCUUCUUGAUAUAUCUGCUUCCUAUGAAACUCAUCAGGAUAUACAGCUCAUGCGGUUUGCUGACUAUUUCGGCCGUGCAUUUGCUCCUGUCAGUGCAGCGCAAUUCCCUUGGAUGAAGAUAUUGAAGGAGUCUACUGUUGCAAAGAUGAUUGAAGUUCCUCUUUCUCAUAUACCCGAAGCUGUUUAUAAGACAUCAGGUGACUGGAUCAACCAACGAUCCUUUGAAGCGGUUGGUUCCUUUGUGUUAUGGUUGUUGGAUAACAUUCAUGCUGAUCUAGCAAUCCAUCAAGGAACUGUCAAGGGAUCCAAAAAGGUGGCUCAGCAAGCACCAUCAAAAUCUCAGGUUGCCAUAUUUGUCGUGUUAGCAAUGUCGUUACGACGAAAACCAGAAGUGUUGAUCAGUUUGCUGCCAAUAAUGAAGGAAAAUCCAAAGUAUCAAGCACAAGAUAAGCUGCCAGUCACAGUAUGGAUGAUUUCUCAGGCCUCUCAAGGAGAUUUGGCUGUGGGGCUGUACAUGUGGACACAUAUGCUGUUGCCUAUGCUGAGUGGCAAAUCAAGUUGUAAUCCACAGUCCAGAGACUUAAUUUUGCAGUUGGUAGAAAGAAUUUUAUCUUCCCCAAAAUCUCGCACUAUUUUAAUAAAUGGUGCUGUGAGAAAGGGAGAGCGCCUGGUGCCACCAUCAGCUCUUGAACUUUUAAUGCGAGCCACUUUCCCAGCACCUUCAGCUCGAGUUAAGGCAACUGAGAGGUUUGAAGCUAUGUAUCCUACCUUAAAAGAGGUGGCCCUUGCUGGAUCCUCCAGAAGCAAAGCCAUGAAACAAGUUCUACUGCAGAUAAUGAAUUUUGCCAUCAAAGCUGCUGGAGAAGGUAUCCUUGAUCUAUCAAGGGAAGCAGUGGAUAUUUUCACUUGGUGUUUGAAUCAGAAUCCUGACUGUUACAAGCAAUGGGACCUAAUUUAUCUUGAUAAUCUGGAAGCAAGUGUUCUUGUUCUAAAAAUGCUUUCCCAUGAAUGGAAGGAGCUCUCUGCUAAAAAUCCUAGUCUUGACCCUCUAAAAGAUGCUCUAAAGAGUUUCCAGCAGAAGAAUGAGAAAGAGUUGGGUGGUGGUGAACAUGGUGCACGCCAUGCAUCUCUUAAGGAUGCAGACAAGUAUUGCAAGGUGAUCUUGGGACGAUUAUCACGAGGCCAUGGUUGUACAGUGAGCAAGGUGUUUGCAUCCGCUGCAUUAGCAUUGGGUGCUGCUGCUGGGUUUGCACUUCUGUCCCCAAACUUGCAAUCUUAUGACUGGAAAAGGCUACCGGAGCUGUUUAAGUUUUAACUGCGUUUGAUCUUCUGACCUCAUCGUCUUUGUAGAGAGGUUGACCAGCAGCGGAUGGCAUUUAGUGCCAACAAUACUAGUAUAGUUGAGUCAAGUAAGAUGUCCCACAAUAAAGGGGGCGGAGGAGGAAGGUUUUGUUUUUUUCUUAAGAGGAAAAGUUUCAAACACAAGUCAUGGUUGGGUUUAGUGGAAUUAGAAAUAGGAGGGGAGGCAGCGAGGUCUGUGUGCUGACAUUUUACAGAGUUUGAAAGGGUGGUCUGAUGGGAUUUUGAGGUGAGAGUCAUAUUCCAGUGGGCAGUGACUUGUUUUAAUUUUAUGAUAGUGGUUUUACAUUUUAUUUUACUACAGUAGUUUGUUUACAUGGAACAUGGAUACAAGGAUGGAAAUGAAAUAGAGUGAAAAAUUUUUAAGUUA